GCUUGAGGUGUUGUAUGAAUCGUGAAAAAGCCACCAUAUAUCAUAGCACUGAUCUCACGUAUUCACGUAUGUGGUACAUAAAAUUCUAAUUAAAAGCUUCUGUGCACCGAUUUGUGUGGUAAAAUACUUUGCUUAUUGAAGAUUUUAUUUUGCUAUUCGUUUUUUUUGUACAAACGCAUACCAGAAGGCAGAAUGUGCAUCGGUGCAGUUGCAUCAAUCGAUUAUAGUUGUCAUUUAUCAGAAUGAGCUGUGCUUACAAACAAAAGUGCAAAGAACACCUAGUUCUGUAAUUUUUAUUUUUUACGGCUUUAAUCAUCUAGUAGUUUUAGCAUAAAUGUGCUACAUUAACUUCAAAAGUCAAGCAAAAACAUAGCGAAACACUCAACAAGGAUGUCCGCAGAAGAUCAACACUACCUGCAGAACGAUUAUCAACGGCGCUGGGAAAUGCUGCAGAAUCGCGUAACGCCCGAAAGCAACCGGCAGAGUUUUCCGGCCGAACAACAGGCAACUAAUUUUGUUACAUCGAUAGCAGCGCGUGUACCACCACCACAGCCACCAACAUAUUGCACCAAAACAAAUGCCACCGAACAUAAACGAACGUUCGAACAGGUGUACAAGGAUGUGCUGAAAAAAAGUUUAGGUACCAAGACUAUGGGAGGUCCAUCGCGUUCAAAGCCGGUGGCUGCCGUGGUAGAACCAACUCCAUCCACCUCUAGGAAGACGGAAGAAUACAUAACAACAGUUUAUAAUAUUACACCACGUGAGCUUCCGUCGACGUCUCGCAAAAUUACAACACCCGGAUUGAUAAAAGCCAACACCACAACAGGAUCCACGGAUGGACAAAAGUGUUCCCUUGUGCUUCCUUUUCUGUCCACAAGCAAAUCAACAAUGGAAGGCAUAACGUACCAAAAGGCACACGCGAAUGCUUACGCGAAACAAUUGCUGGAUAUUACGAAAAGUAACUUACACAAGGUAGAAAUGAGUUCAUCGUCGGUAGAAACGAAAAAAGUGAGCCCUCGUACGGUACACGUGCAUAACGAACCACCAACAAAUUGUGCUACGCAAGAUAAGCCGGGUGUUGGGAUGCAGAAAGUGAUCGCUCACGGUGAUUAUAAUAGGACGCAUCAGGAAAUUUAUCGUCUUUUGCAGUUCCACCAAGACCAGCGAAGAGCACCGAAUUCUAUCGUGAAAACAUUUGCCCCAAAUGGUGAACCCGUCUUGGUGUCAAAACAUCGUACAAACGUAAUGCUAACUAUACUAAAACCGAAAGUAACGUCUCCUGCACCGGCACACGUCUAUGGGGCACCCGAUAUUACCACGCCGGAUCACAGGAACCAGUCGGCACAUUAUAACGUGCAGGAAACUAAUGAAGGUCGACGAUUACUAAAUCUAGUACAAGUUGCUACCAAAUCUCCGACCGACCCGCCACCAGCGCAUAGAGUAGCAACAGAGCAAUCGAAAUCAUUGCUUGUCCCAAUGCCAAGCAAUAAGCCAAGUAUUAUUCCCAAACCGGUAAACCAAGUACAAGGUCAGGAUGAGGCACUAAAUUUAGACACGAAACACGAUACUAGCAGCAGCAGCAGCACCAGCAGCAGCAGCAGCACCAACAGCAGCAGCAGCACUGGUGUCCCCUUAAAGGAGUCUCCUCCAUUUUAUCCUUCGACUGUCUCGGCGAGUACGCCAUUGCCUGUGCAGCAAACAACGGCCCUUACGAUGCCGAACACGAAAGAAAGUUACAACCCGAACGUGGUACAAAAUAUCGCUGCUACUAUGCCAUCUGCCUCAGCUAUAUGGGAACAAAUCCAAGCGUAUAACUUACAAAAACUACUGGCAACUAUGCAAGGGAGGCAGGCGCAGGAAGCAAACAAGAUACCACCGGUACGAAUGGAAACAAAUCAGUUGAAGCAGCAGGCUGAAGUGAAGCCAGAAUUGAUUGCAGUACCUAGGAGUGUUACUACUCCCCUAUUGACCCCCUCUAUGAUAAAGGUAGAGUACGACAAAAUGGUGCUUCAAACGAUACAAGCAAUGAAACGGAAGAACUCAGCGCAGGAACUAGAUCCGACAAAGAAGCGCCGUUCCUAUCCGAGGAAAAAAUGCCCUCCGGAAGCGUUCCUGCAGAAUGGACCGUGCUAUAAGGUGGCCUCACGGUUACCGCGCUGCCGCGAGUGUGGCCGCUCUGCUUCAGCACGUUCCCGGAAUGCGUCCAUCAUCUUCUGCCGUUUCAUCGCGUUCCGAAAGUUGAAAUACAACGAGCAGGGACAGCUGGAAGUAUUCGGGUUUGCCGAUCCAUUUUUGGAUGCGAAAGAUACAGACACGGGACUGUGGAGCUCCAAUUUGGAGAAAGUGCCCGCCGAUCUGUCGGUGGAAAAGUCGAAAUUUUUGCUCGGUCAAGUGGGGUAUAAAUUUUGUGAACUUUUUCACCAAGAAAAGGAAGCAUACUUUGAGCAUAUGGCGGAAGAUAAAACUAUCGCAUGGAAACAAGCGGUACACGGCGUACGAGAAAUGUGCGACGUUUGUCAGACGACACUGUUUAACCAUCACUGGGUUUGUUCUACGUGCGGUUUCGUUGUUUGCAUUGACUGUUACAAGUGUCGCAAAAAUGGUACAAUUUCGGUGGAAUCAACAACCAAAGACAAGGAUACGAAAGGUUGGUUGCUGUGCAGUGCCACGAAAGAACCGCACGAUCAAACGCUACUGAUGCUGACGCAAAUCAUUCCCAGCAAGUGUCUGUACACGCUGGUCCGUCAAAUGCACGGUAUCUGUGCGCUGCUCGAGAUUCCACUAAACUGUGAGUGUCCGCUAAGCAAAGAGCAUUUGUUCCGCAAGAUUAAGGACCAGCUGGAAUUUAUCUAUCCGAUCACGCCUGAAAAUGGAAAUGGUGUGGGGGGAUUGCAACCCUCGGUCGGAGAGGUAUCGGUUACUAUAAAGCAUAUCGAGCAGAUGGGAUACGCUAGAAGCACCACGGCUACGAGUGAUCCAGUUGAGUGCCGGAUUGUCUUUUCACAGCAGUUCCGUGACAGCAACGGACAGCAAAAGAACGAUGCAUGGGGUAUGCCGAAUACGGACAAUGAAACGACCAAGGAAAAGCAAAGCUAUAGCUUUGAUGGGUUCGUUAGCGAAAUUCAUACCGAUGGUGACCAUUUCGAUGAACGAUUGUACAAGAUUCCUACCGUGCCCCCACCUGCUGUUGAAAUGGCACAGGAAAGCAUUGAAAUUAAGGAAGAAAUCAAACAAGAGAUAGUUGAUACCGAAAACAUAAUGAUGAAUGAUAAACAAGUGGACGACAAGGUUGUUGCACCAGAUGAAACCAAUGUUAAGGUUUGCACUCAGGACGAACCCAACUCAAACAGCUUCGUAAUGAAGCACGAAAACACAACUAACAGUGCAGUAAACGGAGAAAAGAAAGACAACCCGAUUAAUCCCUCCGUAAAAGAUCCGGUCUUAACAAACGGAGGUAGUGAAAGUAAUGAAGACGAGACUAUAAAAAAUGAACCAAUAGACAAUGAAUCGGGGCCAGCGAUUGGAAAUGGUACAGGUGACGAUACAGAGGUAAAGGAACCGGUAAAAAAACAAAAGCUAAAAGAAACGGUACAAACGGUUCCAGUUCCUUACAGCGAAGAGGAUCGGUACAAAUCGUCACCCACAGUAGAUCAAAACACGUUCGCCAUGAUUAUCAAACAGAUGGUGAAAUCAGACAAAAGUAUUUUCGAACGGUUGCACCCGCACAUGGUAAGCAGACCGGACCAGCUGAACGAUUUUGCCGAAUGUAUUAGCAUCGGGCGCGAUCGUGUGCAGCAGUUUGUGCGCGACUUUUUGGAGGAAUUUAUUUACCUCCGGGGACAGCACAGUAACGACGACCUGACGAACGAAAGGAUGAUUAUGGAUUACAAUCGUAGCAUGAGGGAUGGUGGACUAAGGUACAGGAACAAGCCCGAACGUAAAAUGAAUCUGAUCACCUCGAAAACGAUCUACACGGACGUUGCCCACGAGUGGCUGUGCAAUGGGAAGCUGUUACGGUUGCUUGAUCCGCUGGAUGUGCACAACUAUCGCAUCUUCCACGAGCAAUGGGCACGGGGCCAACCGGUGAUGGUGUCAGCAGUAUCGAGCAAGAUGGAUAUGGACCUCUGGAUGCCGGGAUCGUUCGGGCGCGAUUUCGGCGAAGAUAUAAACGAUCUGAUCAACUGUUUCAACGGUAAGAUUGUUCGCGGGCACCAGAUGAAGGUGUUUUGGGAUGGGUUCGAAGAGAUUGCCGAACGUUUGGUGGACGAGCGCGAACGACCGAUGAUGCUGAAGCUGAAGGAUUGGCCGCCGGGUGAUGAUUUCGCCGAAAUGAUGCCGACAAGGUUUUACGAUCUCAUGAAAUCGCUCCCGCUGGCCGAAUACACACGUCGAGAAGGACGGCUGAAUCUAGCCAGCCGGUUGACCAGCUUUUUCGUGCGACCCGAUCUCGGCCCAAAGAUGUACAGUGCGUAUGGGUCGGCGUUGCAUCCCACCAAGGGUACCACCAAUCUGCAUCUGGACAUUUCCGACGCGGUCAACGUGAUGGUGUACGUGGGCAUUCCGAAGGACGUACCGAGGAGAGGGUACAACGAGAAGAUCGUGGAACUGAUCGAUUCGGAGGACUGCGAUUAUUUGACGCGGCAGCGUAUACGGGAGCGGAAGGAGUUGCCGGGUGCUCUCUGGCACAUCUAUCAUGCGCAGGAUGCGGACAAGAUUCGUGCGCUGCUGAACAAGAUAGAGCUGGAGCGUGGUGGCACGAUCAAGCCGAACCACGAUCCGAUACACGAUCAAAAGUGGUACCUCGAUCGAAACAUGCGCAAACGUUUGCAGCAGGAGUACCAAGUGGAGGGAUACGCGAUCGUGCAGUGUUCCGGCGAUGCCAUAUUUAUACCGGCCGGGGCACCGCAUCAGGUGCGCAACCUGCACAACUGCAUCAAGGUGGCGGAGGAUUUCGUGUCGCCCGAAAACAUUUCCCACUGCUUAAAGCUAACGAACGAGUUCCGCCAUCUCAGCAGAACGCACUCGAACCACGAAGAUAAGCUACAGAUAAAGAAUAUUAUUUACCACACGGUAAAAGAUGCGGUGUCGUGCAUAACGAUUCCACUAAUUAGGAUGACCUGCCCCGAAGGUAGCGAGGGACAAUAAAACAGAUAGCAACAGCAACAGUAAAGAUGUCUCUUUGGUAAGUAAAGCUUAGAUGAAACAUUUUCAAUAUUACAUUUUAUGGGACACAAAUACAAUUCUAUUACAAGAUUGAAACGUAGCACGAA